CCAACGCUCACUCGCUCACAACUCAUUACCAUUCACCAAGACGAAUUGAACUUUUUCCAGGCAGUUGCCAACGGUUUUUCACCUUUGUGACUUUGGCCACUUGGAAGACUGCUUUGACACCAACGCUCACUCGCUCACAACUUGCGGUACCAUUCACCAAGACGAAUUGUCGCUCUCGGUCUGAUGAAUGCACAGAGCUGCACAGCAUGGUUCCACAAACUAACUCGAUCAUCAUAGCAACAUCAUAACAUUUUGUCGGUAUCAUCAUUAUCUACCGCAUAUCCAAGCAAUGGCAGGACCAAAAUCUCUGUUCGGCAGCACCAUCCGCAAUUCGAGCGGCAAGCUUUUGAUUUCUCGGUCUCGAGCGUUUCUGUUCCUCUUGGCCGUGUCGUCUCUACUGUUGCAAUUCCAAUGGUUGCAAAAGUCGCGUGUGGCGUCUGAAGAAGUGAAUGAACGAGCGACCUCGGUUCUAGAGGGAUAUGUUACUACAGGCACUACCAGCAAAAAGAAGAAGACUUUUGCCCAAAAUGUCAACGGCCAAUCACGACAACUUCGCCCGGACGACUACAUGACGGAUCUUCUCUGUGGCGGAUGCCGAUGGACGUACGAUCAUCGCACCAAAAAGACGUGUGGGAAAAUUAUUGCCGCUAGAAUGAAACGAGACAAAGAAUUGACACUGGCCGAUGCGGCUCAAACCGAAAUUGAUUUGGGUAGCACGGACUGUCAAAAAUGCUUGGAGUGUCACGAGACACAACAUCAUCGCUACUGGAGACCCGAUCGCACGGCACCCACCAUUCAACACGCCGUCUCGCAUUAUCUACAAAGUAUACCUCACGAUUUCCGAAUACCACUGGAACAGCUAGAACCAGUGGAUGACGAUGAAAAGCUUGCGAAUUACUUGCGACAAUAUCCCGCCAGUCCCACCAGUGGGCGCACGUACCUGUUUGAAUACAAUCCAGCCAUUGUACAGUAUCAGCCAACCACCACAACAACACAGCCAUCGCAACCUUCGACUCUACAAAUUAAAGGAGAAACUCCAGCGUACAUUGCUUCCUACCGAGUAUCCAAUCAACAAGCCUGUUUUCACACCAACGUCACGCAACAGCUCAUUGGAGGAGACUGGUCACAACGACCCGAGACCAUUAGUUACUUGGGAAUCGCACUCUUACGCCACAAUCUUUCCAUUAUCGCCGAUGGAGUCUUUGAUCCACCCGUAAAAUUUGGGAGUCGAGACGAUUUUCGACUCUUUUGGUUGCCACAAGACACCAGUCAGCACAAGAGUAGCAACAACAGUAAUAGUCCACUGCAACUCUACAUGACCACAGGACGACGUUUGACACCCUUGUGGAUUGGUACCAAAGAACAGCCACCAUCUCAAAUGGAUCCCAAAAUUGCCAUGGAAUUACCCGCCAAAUUCCCUCGACAAACCAUUCUCAAAAUACACAUGGGAAAAUAUCAACUCAAAGCAUCCGAAGAUCUCGAUGCCAAAGGGGUCACCAGUGGCCUCGUGGGGUCGGCCAAAAACCUCAAUUACUUUGUCGAUGCCAAUGGCACCACUCAAGUGGAAUGGAAUCCACCCGCCAAUUCGCAAUCGCAGGUCAAACCACACAUGGUACAACCCGUCCAUCUCAAUGUGCAAGACUGCACCGGAUACAAAAAGAAACCCACCGUGGCACGCUACAAUUUCUUUAAUGACAGUGUCACAACCACAGUCAUUCCACAGCAUCAGUCAUUUUAUACCAUGGAGGAACUCGAAUUUGCCAAUGGACACGAAUACUACCAAACACCCUACACACCCGACCGAGGUGGAACCUGUUGUUUGCCACUGACGCAUCCGAAUGAUGAUGGGCGCCAAUUGUUGGUGGGUAUUUCCCAUGUCAAGGUGCCCUUUCUAAAACGAAAAAAGCUACGACAAAUGGGGACUGAACCCAAUCAAUACCUCAGUCGCUUUUAUGCCUUUGAAGGCGUGUCGCCGUAUAACACGGUAGCCAUUAGUGGGUACUUUUGUUUCGGGCAGUUCCUGGGGAAGAAUAACAACAACAACAACAGUACGACAAUGCAUCCAUUGGCCAAGCGUCCACCGGCAGAAUGGUUCAAAAUGAGUCAGCUAUCCUUGGAUUGUCCCGUCAUUCACUUUAUUUCUGGCAUGACCGAAAAGGCAGGGGAUCCAUCCAAAAUCAUUAUUACCUAUGGCGUCCAAGAUUGUACUGCGUGGUUUGUCGAAGUGAACAAGCAAGAAAUUGUGGAUCUUUUGUUCAAGGGGCCAACUAGAGGGAGCUAAAACAACAAAAGGCAAUAAUGUGGAUGUAGUGGCUGUGAAUGCCAGUAAUGUCGCAGCUUGCUGGCCAAGCAUGACAACAUACAGAGAACUACACAAGCAUGACCAUGUCUUGCGGCAUACGGUAGGACAGCAACAUCUGCUUGCAGUAAGAUUUUGGUUUGUUUGCUUGCUUGUGAUUGGCCACGUGCUCUCUUGAAAUGGUUGGCUGUAGCAUGGCAGGGUGCACAGCAGGGUGGGGGGAUGCCAACAACCAAAUGGUACUCAUUAGGUAACUAGCCAGGCUCAGUAUAGAAGUGUCCAACAUACAAUUCAAUAGAGUGGAUUCGGGUGGUGGACAUGUUCUUCCAAACAAACAUGAACAGUACUCGCUGCCUCUGCGUCAAGUUGUGUCCAACCUUGCUGUCCAGCAACCUUGAAAUGAUGCUAGUGCUUCAAUUACAAUAGCCUAGCCUGUGUGCUUGUGAGUGUCACUCUCUACGUGGUGACAGUGCAUCCAAACAACACAUCUGUCGAACAAACAGACGGAGAACAGAAACUAAGGACCCGUGUGCCAGCCAGUUAAGUUAGUUUAUGCAUUACUAAUAUCUUCUUUAUCAUA